AUGUCUCGUAUUCCUGUUACAGUUCUCACAGGUUUCCUUGGUGCUGGGAAAACUACGCUUCUCAACAGAAUACUCGACUCUAUCAAGUCUGCCAAUAUCCCAAAACGCAUCGCCGUCAUUGAAAACGAAUUCGCUGCUGCAUUUGGUAUUGAGAAUGAGAUUAUCCACCAAGACAAGACACAAGAGAUAAAGAGUCUUUAUGAGUUUGGUUGUGGAGAGCUUAUCAAUACACUCUUGGAGAUUAUUCAGCAGAAUGAAACGACGAACGAGCCAAUUGAUCACAUCAUCCUGGAGACCACUGGACUCGCUGACCCAGCUCCCAUCCUUCACAUGAUCCAACAAGGUGCAGAUGGAAAAGGGAAUGACGAUAUCGUGCAACAUUUCUACGUCGAUGGCAUCGUCACCAUUGUGGAUGCAAAGCAUUAUUUCUCGCGUCUCAAAAGCAGCGCUCAAAACGACGACAAGUUCAAGAAUGAACCUCUUGCCCAAAUUGAGACAACCGAUGUCGUCAUUGUCAACAAACUCGAUUUGGUCACUCAGGAUCAAGUACGCUCCUUGGAACAAUUCAUUCAUGAAAAGAAUCCACAUGCCAAGAUUAUCACCACUCGCUUUGCUCAAGUACCCUCCAUUGAAUCCUUAUUUGGUCUCAGAAAGGAUAUCAAAAGCGACCCUAUUCCGAAGAAUGUGAAGCAGCAUGAUCCAUCGGUGGAGCAAACCAUGAUGCUAGUUAAUGGCCCUGUUGACAAGGAAAAGGUCCUCGACUUUGUAAGAAGAGAAGCAUGUGAACUACAUGAUACGCUUUAUCGCAUCAAGGGUGUGCUGGCGGUCAAAGAAAGCAACAAAAAGUUGAUCCUUCAGGGUGUGGAUGAGCAUGUGACCUUGACCGAGCAUAGUGAAUGGAAACAAGAUGAACCCAGGGAUAGUAGAUUGACGUUUAUUGGCAAAGAUAUGAAACAACAUGGCGACAGGCUUCAAGAGGAAUUCGAUCGCUGUGUUACAGAAUAA